CCACUUUCAAUUUGUGAGCUCUUCAACAAACCUUAAGAAGGUACCGUCUGUUUUACAAUUAGUAUAAGAAGCUUUUUGGUUAAAACUAUCAACUGGAGGUUUCCCUUUAAGAGGAAAUAGAACUUAGAUCCUGAAUUCAGCUGUACUCAGAACAAAAGGGAAUAUUCUUCCCAUACAUGUUGAUAAUUCCAACAUUUAUGCUGAGAUCUUUCUAAAGGCAGUGGAGUAGAAGCACAAGAGGUGAAAUGACAGAAGUUGGGGAUGACUGUUUUUUCUAUGUUCAUUCAACCUGUGCGAAGGGAUCAAAGUGCAGGUUCCGUCACUGUGAAAAAGCCAUUGGCAGUGAUAUUGUGUGUUCAUUAUGGAGAGAGGGAAAAUGUUCCCAUCAACUUUGCAAAUUUAGACAUAUGGAAAUACAGCAAAAAUACAACAGCAUCUCAUGCUUCUGGGAAACGCAGCCUUUAGGCUGUGUGAGGAUCAGUUGUGUCUUCCAUCACAGGAAACCUCGUAAUAUCAAUGGACUUUUUUUGCCCCCUAGUAAUGAUUCUACAUUGCAAGGGGAAGUUCAGGAAGGAAUUUUGCAUCCUGCUCAAAAUCAAGAUUCCACAAAAGGUCAGGAGAAUACAUUAAGGCCUAUUCAUCCUCCACUUAUUAUUACCAUCAAUCUUGAGGAGGAAGAAGAGGAAGAACAAGAAGAAAAAUAUGCAUCUUAUUUAUUGUCAAAGACACCAGAAGAUAUAGAAGAAGAAAAGGCAAUAAAGGAAAUGUGCUAUAAAUCUGGAGAAUAUUAUAGAAUUCAGACUUCUCAGGAAAAUAAUUUAACAAAAAAUUCUUCAGUGCUGGAGAAUGAGCUCAUUAAACCUAUGGAAACAUGCAGAGAAUUACAAGAAGGUGAUGGUGUUGCAGUUCCAUCAAAGUUUAACAUUAUAGAAAGGCAAACAAAAAUAACAGCCUCAGUGGACAGUUGCUCUAAAUCUGAACUUAGUGCCUUUGAAAAUGGAGGAGGUGAUUGUUACUUGUCACAAAGAAAUAUAUUUGUUGAAGGGAUACAAAACAAAAUGUUCAAUGGAGAGAAACAAUUUACCAUGCUAAAAUGUUUAAACGUUAAAGCUACAAGCCAUACAGAAAGCAUCAAGAAGCAUCAUUUUAAGGGAGUAAAGAAAAAGAAAUGGCUAUCUGAGGAAUCCAAAAAUCUGCCUACCCCUUUGACAGCAAAAGCAAUGCAUACUUCAAACUCUAAAAGUAAAGGGAAUUGCCAACAAAAUGAUCAAAUCAAGAAUGCUGAGAAUGCCUCUUAUGUUCCUUCUCAGAGAGCCAAUGGGAGAAGUAUUUCCUUGAGUGCUCCAAUGGCUGGAAGAUCACAAAAUCUCACCUAUGCUAAAAUUGGGGUAGCCAAAGAAUCCAAAAUGAAUUUAUCUACAGAGAGGUGUGCUUCAGCGUAUAAUAUACCAGCCUGGAGAAAAAGAAGCCCGCAUUCUAAAAUAUAUACUAAACCUGAAAAAAUGCAUUCAGGUAUUUAUAAGAGCCCAGAAGAAAUGGAAGUAGAUAAAAUGGAGGUUAAUUUUAAAGCGAGGAAAGAGGGAAUAAAGAAAUGGUAUAUUGCUCUUCUAUGGUUCGCCAUCAAAAGAGGACAAAAUAUUCAAAUUCAAAUGAUUUGGUUAUCAGGAAAUCCAACUGGAGAUCUAAGGUGACAAAAACAUUCUAAAAUUCAGGAAGUAUAUGUGCUAAAACAUUUACAUUAAAAUAUGUAAACAAGCCAUCUAUUUCUGAAUCAAUUAUUUUAAUAUGAACCUGGACUGAAAAUUUUACUGUUUGGGAGUAAGUAUGGGCAUGCUUCAUAAGUGCUUUGGAUCCCAUAUGAGAGCAAGCACAUCUCUAUUAUUCAAGAAAGCCAUUUCUUUUCCAGGCUUUUGUCAAAAUCUGAAGAAAGUUGAACUUAUUUGUUGAAUAGCAGAGAGUACUAGGCUCUUUCUUAAUCACUUUUGAAAGCAUGCACAAAUUUCCUGCUUAACAACGGUGGGAUGUUGUUUCUCACAAGAAAAGAUGUUUAGAAUAUUUUGCCUUUUUCAAUAAAGAUUAGCAUGAUUUUAAUAACAAUGGUACCAAUGAGAGGAACACCAGUCUUUUCUUCUUUCAUAAUGUGGAGCUACUGAAAACACUGGGAUGCAAAGAUGGCUAUAGGUCCUACUAAUAUUUUGUGUUCUUCCAGAGAGUAAUCAGCAUACAUAAAUCAGCAUAUUUAAUUCCAACCAUGUUUACAUAAAGAUUUUCUGAAUACUGUAAUUAACUGAAAGUCUGAAGGCUGGAAGGGAUGGCUAUUGAAAGAAAACUUUAUAAGGAUUAGUUAAAAAUAUGUUUACAUAAAGCGCACUCUGUACAAAGUGCUUUAAUCAUCAAAGUCACCACAUAUUAGCUCACAACAAUAUAGAGUAACUGUUUCCUCCACUGGUACUUGGAACCUGUUCUUUCAUCCUAAAACAAGCUAGUGCUGUGAUAUUUUGUCCAGUUUUCUUCUUGAUCUGAUGGAUUUUCACCAGCGUAAGAGUUACAUCAACAAUAAUUUAUAGUGAUAGUAUAGCCUUGUGUUCUUCAAAAAUAUCCACACAUAAGAACAGUUCUAGCUUAACCAGUAAUUUCACAAUAUAUAUUGUAUUCACUUUUUUUGUUAAUUUAAAAACAUAUGGUAUCAAGAAACUUACCUCCAUGGGCUUGUUUUGAGUUGGACAUGCCUGUUCCUUCCUUUGUCAUCACCAAUUUUCUAGGUAAUUUUGAAAAAUUUGUCUUGUAUUUCAAAAUGAAAAGAAAUAAUUCAUAAUUCUAUAACUAUUUCUAUUGCACAGAUCCUUGCAAUUUGUCUCAGCUGUGAAAUCAAUAGAAAGAUGUGAAAAAUGGAAAGGAACAUCUUUUAACUCUCAGGCAUGGCAACACAUUGUUAAAAUUGUUUUUACCUUCCUAAUUGGAUAAUGUCCAUUUCAGUUUCUAGACUAUACAACUUUGCAGACAUAUUUUAUAUCUUGAAAGUCCAAAGCAGUGUAAAUCUUAUAGGCCUCUCCAACCAGGCUGGGUUUUAAUAUAAAAAAAAACUUUGAUUAUUAAAGGGAAAUUAAGUUAUAAAGUGCAUGCAUGUAUGUAUGUCUGACUUCAAGUCAUGUUGACUCUUGACAACUGCCUGGACAAGUCUCUGUGUUUUUCUGGGUAAGCAAUAAAAAUAAUAACAGUA